ACGUUGAAAAAGAUGAAUGAAGGAAUUACAACCGUCGGAUGUGCAUUGCAAUAGAUUUAUUAUUCAAAGUAUGCAGUCUAAGAAAUUGAAAAACUAAAUAUUCAAUAUUUUACUUGGAAAACCGAUAAGACAUUUGUUGCUGACUCGUUUCUAAGCAACCCCCAGCGUAGCUUGCGCAUGAGAAUACUGCGGCAAACAAGUGACAUGUACUUCUAAAACCAUUAGCAAAUCGUCCGACUACCUGUCGCAGCUGUCGCCUCACAACUGGAAAUGUACAGAUCACAUCGGAUGUGCAGUGUUCAACGGAGCAACGACCAAGAACAGAUCAAGUUCCAAAAGAUCAAAGAGUUGACAAACAUUUUAAAGGACACGGACAAAAAUCUCACGAUAUGCGAAGAGAUAUUGGAGGCUUACAUAAAGAAACGGUUAAAGGAGAAGAAGGAAGAGAUACGGAAAAGGGACGAGUUAGAGAACAGGAUGACUGAAAUAUUGGAAAACCUGAAAACGCGAUUAUUGGUUGAAUAAGUCGAGUAUCGAAUAUGCAUAUAAUUAAUUUACGGUGUAUGUCUCCGUUAUUAUUGUUUUGCGGGGUUCCAUAAAAAAAAUAUAACUAACAAUGUCAUAUAUCCAUAUCAGACUCUGUAUUAGAGAUCGAGGUUAGUGAAUUAAACAUUACAAUUUGAUUAAUCAGGUAA